AUGGCGUCCUCAUCAGCAACAUCGCCAGACACCCAAGUCACCUUGAAGAUCAACUUCGAGGGCAUGACCCGUCGCCACAAGCUUCCUCUGCGUGAUAUGGGGCCAAGUACCCUCGAGGAUAAGGUCCGCUCUCUCCUCGCUCUCACCUCUGACGCCAACGUCGUCCUCGAGAGAUACUCUGAUUCGGCUGGUUCGUACAUCACCCUCGACAAGCAAAACGUUUCAGUCUACAAGCAACUCUACCGCGCUGCGAAGGCCAAGCAAAAACUCAAGCUCCGCGUCACCAAGUUGUCCGAGGAGAAGAUGGCCCCUAGGCCAGUGUCCGUGGAAGAUGUCCCGGAGUCUAGCACCCCCAAGGUCGAAGAGGAAACGAAGACUGAAGCCGUUGCGACACAACCCCUGGUCGAUCUGAGGCAAUCCAACGUUCUUGACACCGAGCCAAAGAAGGAACUGCCCACUAGCGACACCGGCCUUGACUUCGAGGCUUCUAUUCUGGCCUCUCUCUUGAGCAGGCACGCCAAGAUCAACGACGAAGAGGUGCCGACAGCUUCGGCUGAUAUCCCUGCUUCCGAGGGUAUUACAGCUCGCGACCAGUGGUUUGCUAACGCCUCUGCUACUGAGAGCGCACCCCCGCGGGCUUCCUGGGGUCGCUGCCCUGCUUUGAUGCACCCCAACACCAACUUCGCCGUGUGCUGCAACAGCUGUGACCAGACAGUUCCCGAUGCUCACUACCACUGCUCCACCUGCGACGACGGUGACUUCGACCUUUGCCAAAACUGUGUCGACCAGGGCAUCACUUGCUACGGUGCCGACCACUGGCUCAUCAAGAGGAUUGUCAAGAACGGCCAAAUCAUGAACAGCACCACGGAGACGAUUGCCCCCAAGCCCAAGGCCAAGGUCGAGGAGCCUGCUCAACAAACUGUCAAGGCUCCCGCCAACAUCAGUGAACUCCUCCGCCCUGUGUUCAACACCGCUCUGUACAGCAUGCGCACCUGCAACUGCUGCGUGACGGAGCUGCCCGAGUCCAGCUUCCUCCACUGCACAGCCUGCGAGGACUUCGAUUUGUGCCACGCAUGCUUCGAGAAGGACCUCCACGGCCACAACCCUAAGCACCCCUUCGUCCCCGCUGUUGAGGGUGCCCACGUCCCUAGCCAUAUCGAGGUCAAGCUGGCGCCCGGCCGUAACCAGAGUCACAACGCUAUCUGCGAUGGCUGCGACAAGUACAUUGCUGGCGUUCGCCACAAGUGCCUCGACUGCCCUGACUGGGACUACUGCGCUGACUGCAUCGUGAACUCCAAGUUUGUUCACCCCAAUCACCGCUUCGUUCCCAUCUACGAGCCUCUCGAGGAGGUCCGCAGCCGUGCCAUCAGCCGCUCUAUCCACUUUGGCAUUUGCUGCGACGGUCCUCUGUGUGCCCGCGCCCAUGGCGCUCCGACCUACAUUUCCGGCGUCCGUUACAAGUGCACCGUGUGCCACGACACCGACUUCUGCGCUAACUGCGAGGCUAGCCCUGCUAACACUCACAACAAGACUCAUCCUCUUGUUAAGUUCAAGACGCCCGUUCGUCAUGUUACAGUUACCACUACUGGCGAGCGUGGAGACGGCCAGCGUAUGCAGCAGAUGGGUGACCGCAAUGUUCGUCGCACUAGCUCCCGCUCUACGGAGACAACUGCGAACGCUUCCAUCAACGUUCCCCAGACUGUCGUCGACGUGAAGCCCACGGAGCCUGCGGUCAAGGAGGAGGUUGUUGAGAAGACCCCCGAGCCUGCGCCCGAGCCCGUCAUCAAGGAGGAGAUCGUUGAGAAGACGCCUGAGCCUGAACCGGAGAUCAAGAAGGAGGUCGUCGAGGAGAAGCCUGCCCCCAUCGUCGAAAAAGCUCUCACCGAGCAGGACCUCCAGGCUGUGUUCGUUCGUGACACAGUUGCUGAUGGCACCGUCCUCCCGCCCAACCACGUGUUCGAGCAAACCUGGGUUCUCCGCAACGAUGGCGAUGUUGCAUGGCCUGCUGGAUGCUCCGUCAAGUUCGUCGGAGGUGACUACAUGGGUCACGUCGACUCGAACCACCCUGCUGGUAUCUCUGAGCUCGUUUCUGCCUCCGAGUCUACCGUCUGCUACGCGCCUCUUGCCCCUGGUCAGGAGUUUUCCUUCAAUGUUCUGCUUCGUACCCCGGCCCGCGAGGGCAAGAUCAUCUCUUACUGGCGUCUGACGACCAAUGACGGUCUCAAGUUCGGCCACAGACUUUGGUGUGAUGUCAGCGUCCAGGCUCCCAAGCCCGUCGCCGAGGAGGCCAAGGAGGAGGCCAAGGAUGUCCCUGUGGAGAUGCAGAGCAGCAACAUGAUCUUCCCCAAGCUUGACAAAGAAUCGCCGGUAUCUAGCAUUUACCAGGAAGUCAAGCCCGAGUCGGUCCCUGCCACUAGCUCCGAGGCGGAGGAGUUUGAGGACUGUAAUGAGGAAGAUGAGUGGGAUGCCUCAGACGAUGGCUUCAUGACUGAUGAGGAGUAUGACAUUCUCGACGCCUCAGAUGAGGAGUUUCUCGAGGAGCAGCAGCGCAGACUUAGGAAGUGA